CAGAGGACGAGGAAGUGCACUGGACAUCACCUAGACUAUACAAGGCAGUAUAUUUUUACAUACACUGAGCUGAGAUCAGGAGAAUUGUGGACAGAUACAAAUAUAUUCUAGUGUUUGUUAGGAAUAGGAGAGUUGCACCCUUGCAAGAGAAGCGGAAUUUUGCUAAACCUUUUUACCAGCUAAGGAUGGGCAAAACAAAAGACUCUGAGGUGGAGGAGAGACCCAAAUGGGACAACAAAUUUCAGUACAUGCUGACAUGUAUCGGCUUUGCAGUGGGACUUGGAAACAUCUGGCGUUUUCCUUACCUGUGCCAAAUCUAUGGAGGAGGUGCAUUCCUCAUCCCCUACCUGAUAGCGCUGGUGUUUGAGGGCCUCCCUCUGCUCUACCUGGAGCUGGCUAUAGGACAGAGGCUCCGCAUGGGCAGCAUCGGCGUCUGGAACUCCAUCUCACCGAUGCUGGGGGGACUCGGAGUUGCCUCGAUGAUAGUGUCAUUCCUGGUGGGCAUUUUCUACAACACCAUCCUGGCCUGGGUGCUCUGGUACUUCUUUCACUCUUUCCAAAACCCCCUGCCCUGGAGCAAGUGCCCGGUCAAUGCUAACCUCACAGGCUAUAAUGAGGAGUGUGUGAAGAGCACUCCGGCGAACUACUUCUGGUACCGUGAGACCCUGAACAUCACACCUGACAUUGAGACCAGCGGCUCCCUGCAAUGGUGGCUAGUCAUCUGCCUGGCCAGCGCCUGGUCUGUGGUCUACAUCUGCUUUAUCAGAGGCAUCAAGUCAAUAGGGAAGGCUGUGUAUGUGACAGCCACAUUCCCUUACCUGGUGCUGACUAUUUUCCUAAUCCGGGCUCUCACUCUGCCGGGAUCUACUGAUGGACUGGUGUACCUCUUCACUCCUAAAUGGGAGAUCCUGAAGAACCCUCAGGUGUGGCUGGACGCUGCCACUCAGAUCUUCUUCUCUCUCUCAGUGGCCUUUGGAGGUCUCAUAGCUUUCUCCAGCUAUAACGAAGAGAGGAACAACUGUGAGAGGGAUGCUGUUGUAGUAGGAGUAAUAAACAGCGCCACAUCUCUCUACGCCUCCAUUUCCAUCUUUGCCAUUCUGGGUUUUAAAGCUACAAACGGCUUAAAUUCCUGUCGCAAUGAAAACAUCAUGUCUCUGACAAACCACUUUGAGUUUUCGGACCAGAACAUAACACUGGAGAACUAUAAUGACUGGUUUGAGUAUUUAAAUCGCACAUCUCCAGAUGACUUGGCCAGUUUGAACAUAAAGCGCUGUGAACUUCAAACAUUUCUUGACCAGAGCGCAUCGGGUACCGGCCUGGCUUUUAUUGUGAUCACCGAAGCAGUGAUAGAGAUGCCAGGCUCGCAGAUAUGGGCGAUACUGUUCUUCGUCAUGCUCUUCAGCUUGGGUCUCUCCUCCAUGUUUGGCACCAUAGAGGGAGUCCUGACGCCCAUCAAUGACCUCAAGCUAGUGCCAAAGUGGAUCCCUAGUGAAGUCGUAACAGGUACCUGCAAAUAG